AUGGCACCCAUGAGUCUUCCUCCGGGGUUUAGGUUCCAUCCAACAGAUGAAGAGCUGGUAGCUUAUUAUCUAGAUCGAAAAAUCACAGGUCAAACGAUCGAGCUCGAAAUUAUUCCAGAAGUUGACCUCUACAAAUGUGAGCCAUGGGAUUUACCAGAUAAGUCGUAUUUGCCGAGCAAAGACAUGGAGUGGUAUUUCUACAGCCCUAGGGACAGAAAAUACCCUAAUGGGUCGAGAACGAAUAGGGCGACAAGAGCUGGUUACUGGAAGGCGACUGGGAAGGACCGGCCGGUGCAGCCGCAGCGCCGACCGGUCGGAAUGAAGAAGACAUUGGUUUAUUACAGAGGAAGAGCCCCACAUGGCAUCAGGACUAACUGGGUUAUGCAUGAGUAUCGUCUCAUUGAAGACUCUCUUUCUGGCGCUGCUUCCUCAACUUUAAAGGAUUCUUAUGCACUGUGCCGAGUCUUCAAGAAAACAAUUCAAAUACCAAAGAGUAACAAAGACGAAAAGUCGAACAAUAGUGCGAAAACAGAAAAGGAAUCUGCUGCCACAGCAAACGAAUCUAGCGGCGGCUUUGAUCAGAUCUCCAGAGGAACCGAAAAUGAAGAUGAUCAAAAUUUCAACAAUGACUAUUUUCCGAAUAAAACCUUGUUUCCUUCCGAAACCUCUUCUUCGGAUCUCACUCAAGGGACACCAACCGAAACCGGGGUUGCAGAUGAUUUGCAGGCCCCUUUUGCUUCUGAUAAUGAAGCAAACAGUACGGCUGAUUUGUAUUCUUAUGGUGUUGAUUGUUCCUCCAAUCUUAUUGAGGAAAUUCAGAUGUCAAACUAUGAAAGCCUUCACUAUCAACUUGCUUACCCACCUCUAGAAUUGGAAGACUUCCCACAGAUCAACUUGGGAGAAAUGAAGCUACUGAAGUCCGAAACGACUGAAGAAUGCAUGUCGUACGACAAGUUCAGGGAUUACAUGAAUGGAACGGUGGAGGAUAUUUUCUCUUUAUGUUCUUCUUCUCAUGAAAACUCAAUUCCACUCCCCAUGCAAGAAAAUUAAGAUACGUACUUCAACUGACCUAGAUAACUUCACAAUUAUAUUUUCAUAUAUAUAUAUAUAUAUAUACUCCAAUUUAUUGACAUGAAGGGUAGAAAAUCAUGUUGGGGCUAAAUUAAUAACCAAAAAAUGGUUGUCGUUUAUUUUGCCAGCCACCAUUAUAAGGCCUACGUUUUAGUCUAC